GCUUCCGUCGACGUCGCAUAUGCGCUUGACGUCAGCAUAACAACAACCUGUCAUGACAGCUCGUAUGAAGGAAAGAAAUCGGUUAUCAUUUGAUAUCAAAGUAUAGAAAAUCUGUUUUCCUCUAUGUAAGAUCCCUUCCACAAGUGUGUGAGAUCCAGCAGGGACAGGGCAUUCUUGAGCCUGUCUGUUAGCCAGCCGAAGAGACGGGGAACAGGAUAGGGAAGCAGGGCGAGGCGGGCCCCGCGGAGCCGGCGGAGAAAAUGGCCGGCAGCCCGGAGAAGAGUUCCACCGCGCAGGAGCUGAAAGAGCAGGGGAAUCGUCUGUUCCUCUGCCGCAAGUACCAGGAGGCUGCUACAUGCUACAGCAAAGCUAUCAACCGUAAUCCAUCUGUGGCAGUGUACUACACCAACAGGGCUCUCUGCCACGUGAAGCUGCAGCAGCAUGACAAGGCUCUGGCAGAUUGUAAGCAUGCGCUGGAGCUGGACAGCCAGUCAGUCAAGGCCCACUUCUUCUUGGGCCAGUGUCACUUGGAGCUGGAGAACUACGAUGAGGCAAUCGGCAACCUGCAGAAAGCGUAUAACCUGGCAAAAGAACAGAGGCUGAAUUUUGGAGAUGACAUCCCCAGCGCUUUGCGCAUUGCCAAGAAGAAACGCUGGAACAGCAUUGAGGAGAAGCGCAUCAACCAAGAGAACGAGUUACAUGCUUAUUUGACCAAACUCAUACUGGCUGAGAAGGAAAGAGAACUAGAAGAAUACAAAGAAAAACAGGACGACAAUCAAAAUGGAGGUGAUGCUGCCAAGAUCGCAUCAAAACAUGACAAAUAUCUUAUGGACAUGGAUGAGCUCUUCUCUCAAGUGGAUGAGAAAAGAAAAAAGCGGGAGAUCCCAGAUUACCUGUGUGGGAAGAUCAGUUUUGAGCUGAUGAGGGAACCCUGCAUCACACCCAGUGGAAUCACCUAUGAUCGCAAGGACAUUGAAGAGCACCUACAGCGAGUGGGUCAUUUUGACCCUGUCACCAGGAGUCCCCUAACCCAAGAUCAGCUGAUUCCAAACCUGGCCAUGAAGGAAGUCAUCGAUGCCUUUAUCCAGGAGAACGGCUGGGUGGAGGACUACUGAAGGGACCUCCCCAUUUCUCCAUCAUACCCCGAUACUCAACACAAAAGCCUGGACAAGACAAAGACUUUAGAGAACAGAUCACCCCCUUGCCUGGAUAUGUACUUUACACAAGCGGGAAAAGCCACACUAUGGACUACCAAAUGGGAGCCAUGUAUCUCGGUCUGCCUCUCCUCCCCACAUUUUAUCUUUGCUGUAAAACUUCCCUGCUCCAACUUUCCGAGGCUCGAUGUUCAUGGCCUGCUGCUCCCUUUAAAAGCCCUUCUCAUUCUGCUUUUUCUAUACUUUCUCUCUUAACUUCCUCUUCCUCUCUGCCAUGCUUUUUCUAGUCUUUCCAGCCUGACUUUCUUUACUCCAAAUAAGGGGCCACAUUCUCAGGUCUCUUCUUAUUCCCUCCCUACUCUCUCUUUCUCUUUCUCUCUCUUUCACUCUCUCUCCCUCUCUCUAUCUCUGAGUGCCACAAUCUUUGAUAAGCAUCAGCAUUGCACUCCAGUGUUUCACAAACACCACCAAUGUAAAAAAUAAUUCUACAUUUUGGUGGCAGAAUUCAUGAAGACAUUGGCCUUUUAUUUGGCAUUUACUCCAGUAUUUCAUAGUCUUUUCCUUUAAAAAUGGAGCAUCUGCCAACUUCUUAUUGUACAUUUGCUGAAGCGGUAACAAAAAAAAUGCCAAAACCCUAUUCUCAACAAGUUUGUAUGCAAGUUUUACAUGAUGAUAAUUGAAAAAAAAAAAUAGUCAACGGUAAGUGUGUCACUGAGCAUUUUAACCUGUUGUGAGUCAGCUGGCAUGAAUGUGGCACUCCAAACAUACCCACCCAUGUCACCAUACUGUAAGACUUUGAGUAGACUUGAGUACAUAUCAAUCACACCCUAUUACAGACAAUUGAAAUAAGUUGAAUGUAUGCAUAAUGUACUCUAUAGGUUUGAUCUACAGUAAUUCAAAAAUGUUUUUUAUCAGGACAAUAUAAGGUUUUCAUGCAAAGCAGCCUUGAACUGGAUACAGAAAAUGAAUGGAAAUGACUGCUGCAUACAAAAAAAGUUUUCACAUUGCUGGAUAUUAAUUACAAGUGUUGAAAUGUUUGAAUUUAGAUGACAGAUUGAUGCUAAAAUCUGCUUUGAAGAAUGGUCUGUGCUGUGUCGCUUAUAGAAGCAAAAAUGUGCUUGAAUGUUGUGUUUGGCUCGUGCCGUUUGCCUGGAAUGACAGUGGACGCUCACAUCAAGCAUGAAGUGAACUUUUUUCCUUUGCAAACACAAGAAGAUGUUUGUCAUACUCCUCACCUUUGCUGUUAUUUUCAUGCACCCUCCUCUCAGAUAUAAAGAACAUGGUUGCAACAGCUCAUGUAAGCCACUCAUCAGUGAGAAACGAAGGUUUAAGUUUUGGAAUCUCAUGCUGUAUAAGGCAUUGAGGUUCACUAGCAUCACUGCACCACCCUCCCCUGUGUUAGAAAUGCUGGAAGAGUUACGACCAUCUUAUCUAAUCCGUACCUCAGUCCAAGUUCUUUGCAUGCUGGUUCGCUGGCAUUCUCUGUAAAACACACCUGCAGUUUCAUGCUAUAGUUUACAGAUUUUUUUCUGCUGAAUGUGUGUCUGUGGUGAAUUAGGCUUGUUGAUGGAUCGUGUCAGGGUGCAGGCAGUGUAAAUAAGUUGCUUGUGUAUCUCAGAUUUUAUUUCUUGACAAAAUAGGGUUCUUUUUUUUCUUGAGAAAUCCUAGAGCUUGAGAAACUGUAUUAAAUGUAGAUAUGUUGAUAACAUAAAUGCCUGGAUCAGUUUUCAUUUGUCCCCAUUAAACCAUGAACUUUGA